GUGGUGGUGGUGGUGGUGGUGGUGGUGGUGGUGGUGGUGGUGGUGGGGGGCAUGGGCAUGGGCAUGAGACGUGCUGUGAACGUGAUCUCCGAUGGCCUUGGCUCCCAGUGCUGCCCGAAGCGGUCGGGUGACGAAAUGGAGGAAGAAGAGGAUGAGCGACUGCGCAAAUCGGGCCCGGAGCUCUUCCGUGAGCUCAAGCGGCUCUAUGCAGUUGCAGAGGUACAGGACUACUUCAAGAACGGGGUGUGGAGGGAUGAUUUGAUGAAGAUCGACCUCCGACUCAUAGAAGUUCACCGACGGGAGGCUGGAGCUCCGGACCCUCCAGACUUAUCGGAGGUCAAGCUACCCGCUGACAUCCCUCGUGGCUUAGCUGUCAAAGUGCAGAUACCUUCGCCAAUAGCAGGAACUACCGUCAUCCCGGCCACUGUCGCAGGCACUGCAGUGGCAGACCUGCGCCUCAUAGCGCUCUUCGUGGCGAAAUGGAAGCUGGAUGCCACACGGUCGAAAGCCGCCUUGACUAAGCUCCUGCCUUCCAGGCGUCGGUACGUUAUCGCGCAUUUCAAGCCGCAGGGUGAUGCGGCCGUGGAUGAUGCGCUCGACGCGUACAUUGCUGAAUGCGAGUCCUCGAAAGCCUGGGAUACGGCCUCUGUGCUGGCAAACGGCUCCGCAAAUGGCGUGAAGCGACCAAUCAGUGCCGUCACGGGGCCGGUGACAACGAUCGACCUCAGCAAGAGGCCGCGGCCGGCACUGGUCACACCUGCCCGACCGUUGGCAAGUCCAAAGCCUUCUCCGACAGCCCUGGCAAUGGCUUCCAGGCUGCAGGCCGCUGUUCGAGCAAGACCAGCGCCGCUGAGAGCCUUCUCCACGCCCGCCGGAACUGGAAUUCCCAGGCCAGCCUUGCGGGCGCCGCUGACAGUCACUGCCAGGCCGGUAACUCCGGUGGCCUUCCGCCCAGCUUUGGGAGGUGUACGGCCGGCUGUUCGAGCGCCAGUUGUUCGACCU